AUGUCUCCGAGAAACGAGGGCAUUCUUGACAGCACGGACUGGGACGAAGUCAAACCAUCGUGGUGCGACAAGUCCAAAUGGCUCUCGGAAGAGUCAGAUUGGAAGCCGGCCACACUUAUUCGGACAAGACGACCAUCGCGGCUCAACCUGUCAAGUCUUGGCACCUUUUUCUGGCCCAUCAAAGAUACCAAACAGUCAGAAACAUUGCGGCCGACCGCAUAUCUUGACGGGCUUCGAGGCUUCGCUGCCUUCCUGGUUUACAUCCAUCACAACCAACUGUGGGCUCAUGAGCCACACGUUCAGAAUCGCAUCUUCGAGAAUGCCUUCGGUUAUGAGAACAAGUUCCACUUCAUCGCCUUCCCCGGAAUCAGGCACUUCUUCACCGGCGGCCACUUCGCGGUGUCCGUUUUCUUCGUCAUUUCGGGCUACGUCCUGUCCGCAAAGCCUCUCAGUCUCAUACAAGCUGGAGACCACGCAAAGCUUGCUGAAAAUGUUGGCUCAGCCCUCUUCAGAAGAUGGCUUCGGCUCUAUCUUCCCCUGUUGGCCACGACGUUCAUCUUCAUGAGCUUUCUCCACAUGUUCGACAUCUGGGUCGACAACAUUGACCGGAUGUCAACCUGGAGAGAGGACGUCUGGGCAUGGUACUGCGAGGCAAAGAACUUCAGUUUCGUGUUCACGGCUGGCGGUGGCCCUUUCUUCAGUUGGAACCCUCACUUGUGGUCCAUUCCGGUCGAGAUGAAGGGGUCUGUCAUUAUUUACACCGCACUUCUCGCGUUUUCCCGCUGCACCAGAAACGCAAGACUAUGGUGCGAAGCUGGCCUGGCUUUCUAUUUCAUGUACAUCGCCGACGGGUGGUACGGAGCCAUGUUUGUCGCGGGCAUGAUGCUUUGCGACCUCGACUUGCUGGCAAAGAAGGAUGAGCUACCCGCAAUCUUCGAUAAGCUUAAGGGAGCCAAGACGUUCAUCUACUAUCACCUGUUCGUCAUUUCGAUGUACCUCGGAGGAGUACCGUCGUACACCGGCGAUGUCAACAGGAUGCGCGAAAAUCGCGGAUGGUACUACCUGUCUCUGUUGAAGCCACAGGCUGUCUUCGACUACAAGUGGUUCUACCUGUUCUGGGCGGCAACCUUGCUAGUCGCCUGCGUCCCUCGUAUCUGGUGGCUGCGGCGCUUCUUCGAGACACGAUUUUGCCAAUAUCUCGGCCGCAUCUCUUUCGCUCUUUACCUCGUUCACGGACCUGUCCUUGGAACACUGGGCGACCGAAUCUACACUGCUGUGGGCUGGCACAAGGACUCCGAGAGGCAACACCUCGCGCAGUUGGUCGACAAAUUCCCGCUGCCGAUGGCUGGGCCGCUCGGGUUGGAGCCGGCCUUCGUGCUACCACAUCUGAUCCUUCUCCCGCUCACCUUGUGGUUAGCAGAGAUGGUAACGAGGCUGAUUGAUGAACCAAGCGUCAAGUUUGCGCAGUGGCUGUACAAGAAAACUCUUCCAGCACCAGCACCAUCAACCAAGGCUUGA